CUCUUCACUCUCGAUUUCGAUCUCAACGGCAAGCCAGAUGGUCGCCCCCCCGUCGUACGCCAAGCAAGUCGUCGUGCGCAACGACUCGGACCACACCCUUCACGUGACCGGAGUCUUUGGAAGUGACGGGCAAGUCGCGGAAGGCAAUGCUAUGAUCCGACAGACCGUUGCGAUUGGACCUCACGAAAGUGCGACGUUGGGAGAACACGAGUACAACAUGGGGACGUGGACGGCGAUCGCGCCAGUGUAUUCUGUGCAUGCUGAGCAUCCCCAAUCGAACCAUCAAGCGCAAUUCAAGCCCCAAGUGAGGGGAGUCGUGUCUCAGGUGCACGUGGUCCUCUCCUCGGACGACAACGCCGGUCGCUUGUCGUUGGCGCAAACCAACACGGUCGAAUGAGUAUAUCUAUAUUAUACAAAGAACGCCUUCUGCUGCUGUGA